ACGGCGUCAGGCCUAGACGUGGCAGGGCGGGAAUUUUUCUCUCAGAGGACAAUGGCUGCCGCCGGACCUGCUGCUGGCGCUUCUCCGAGGGCCUCUUGCGGGCUCUCGGGAGACGCCGAGCGGACGCCUCCCCACAUGGCGGCGCUGAUUCUGGCCCGCGGGGGCAGCAAAGGAAUCCCGCUGAAGAACAUUAAGCUCCUGGCUGGGGUCCCGCUCAUUGGCUGGGUGCUGAGGGCAGCCGUGGAUUCUGGCGUCUUCCAGAGCAUCUGGGUUUCCACGGAUCAUGAUGAAAUUGAGAAAGUGGCCAAGCAUUUUGGGGCCCAAGUUCACCGCAGAAGCUCAGAAGUAUCUAAAGAUUCCUCGACCUCUCUUGACGCCAUUGUGGAGUUUCUUCAGUAUCACGACGAGGUUGAUAUCAUAGGAAACAUUCAAGCAACCUCCCCUUGCUUGCACCCUACUGAUCUGAUCAGAGUAGCCAAAGUGAUCCGAGAGGAUGGCUUCGACUCGGUCUUCUCUGUUGUGAGGAGGCAUCAGUUUAGAUGGAGUGAAAUCAAAAAAGGAGUGUGUGAAGUGACUGUCCCUCAGAACCUGAAUCCGGCCAAACGCCCCCGGCGGCAGGACUGGGAUGGGGAGCUGUAUGAAAACGGGUCAUUUUAUUUUGCCAAAAGGGCCUUGAUUGAAAAGGGGUAUUUACAGGGUGGGAAGAUGGCUUAUUACGAAAUGCGGGCUGAGCAUAGCGUGGACAUAGAUGUUGACAUUGAUUGGCCUAUUGCUGAGCAAAGAGUCCUGAGGUAUGGCUACUUUGGUAAAGAGACCCUGAAGGAGGUAAAACUGCUGGUUUGUACCAUUGAUGGUGGCCUUACCACUGGUCAUAUCUACGUCUCAGAAGAUGCAAAAGAAAUUGUUUCAUAUGAUGUCAGAGAUGCUGUUGGAAUUUCUUUGCUUCGAAAAAGAGGUGUUGAGGUGCGACUGAUCUCUGAGCGGGACUGCUCCUUGAAGACUCUCUCUGCCAUGAAACUGGGCUGCACCGUGGAGGCUGGCGUGACGGACAAGCUGCAGAUGGUGGAGAAGUGGAGGAAGGAAAUGGGAUUGUCCUGGAAGGAAGUGGCGUACUUGGGAAAUGAAGAAUCUGACGUGGAGUGCCUGAAGAAAGCCGGCAUGAGCGCCGUCCCUGCUGACGGCUGCCCGGCUGCCCAGAAAGCCACGAGCUACAUCUGCAGAUGUAACGGCGGCCGUGGCGCAGUCCGGGAGUUUGCCGAGCACAUUUUCCUCCUAAUGGAAAAGGUGAAUUCAUCUGGAAAGCAGCUCCGGUGUUAAAGCCCCAAAGGCUGGGCAGGAAAUCAUCUGAUUCAUUCCGCGGGGUUUCUUUGUCGUUUACUCACAGCUUGGCUUUUGACAUUUGAGGAAGCUGAAGGGCAUUGUCUUCUUUUUUUAAAAAAAAUAGCAUGCAUUUUCAGGCACUAAAGCCAAAUUGUUUGUUUUAAAUCUUGUUGUAUGUCCACCAGCUCAAGCUGACUUUCUGUGGAUCCUACUAGGAAUUCUGCAGCUUUAAUGCUGAUCUCUUUAGUCGAUCGGGGUGGUGGUGGUGGUGCAGUUACAGGAUUCCAUCCAUACCCAGUGCUGUCAUGCAAAUUUCCCUGGAAAAAGGAGCUUCCUCGACUCUCAGUUACAAAUACUGCACGCUUUGCCUCCUGACAUCUCAAGGAGGGAGAAUCUUCCAAGUUUGAAAGAGACUGAAUCCUCCCCAUGGCUCUGGAUUUUGAUACCAAAGGGAAGACGAGGGGCCUUCGUUCGUUGCUAAAGCAAAUGCUUUGCUUGCAAUCCCCAUUAAAAACAAGGUUGAGGAACCUGUGAUGCUGCGGAUGUUGCUGGACUCCAGGGCUAGCUCUGGCCCAUGUGAUCAGGGAUGAUGAGAGUUGUAGUCCUUGUAAAGCUGGCAGGGUACCCAUUCCCUGCCUUCCGAUUCAAUUAAAAUUGUCAAGUAGCUGUUGAUUGUAAAUCCAGCAGCUCCCAGAAUGGCCACCAGUAGCACUGUGACCGGCCAUGCUGGUUGGGGUAUACUGGGAUCUGCAGUAAAAACAACACAGUGACAUUUCCAAAAUGUGAUUUUUAAGCCUCAUUUUCAGCUCUGAAGCUAAUCUUUAGUCCAUCCAGCUCAUCUGCUUUUACUGCAAGCCAGUUUGUUUCAUCAGCAGAAUCGUGGAUCAAUUUUUUUUUUGGACAGGUGUAGUUUCAUGGAGUGUAUCACAGAUGGGAGUUUCCGUAUUAGUGCCAGAAUUUAAAUUUGCAGCAGGUACCACUGUUGCUGGUGGCAUACAUGUAAGAAAUGUAGUUGCCUUGUGUUGUGGGAAUUGACCCCUCUGCUCAGUAAAGGACAACAAAGAGGAUGAUGGCAUCUUAAGAUGAACAAGUUUUAUUUGGCAUCAUUUGCAGAUUGAAGUCCACCGCUUCAAAUGCAAAGGACUCGUGCUUAUUGUUACUACAGUAAACUAAUUGGUGUCCUGCCCUUACCCCUUACUAGGGGUAAGAGUAAUAACUCUUAGCGAUGUAUGUAAGCAAACGUCAUUAUUCUGCUACCUUCCUUCUUCCAUGGUAUCUGCCAUAACCAUCCUGGCCAGAGGAUUCUGGGAGUUGUAGUGCAAAA